AUGGCUUUUCGAUUUGAUACGACACUCUUCGACACAAUUCAUCAGUGGAAUUCCACGGUGCUUCAUGUGAAAAACCCAUCUGAAGGACAAAAAGAUCCAAUUUUGAGGUCGGAAUCUUUAAGACUAACAGUGAUAGAUUCUUGUUGGAUGACAAAGAAUCCACCACUUGUGGCUGCUGUGUUUGUCCCACUUGGGUAUGAAAAUGACUGGGCAUUUUGUACACCAGCCGGAUUUGCAAAGCUCAUGACAAAGUUUUAUGGAAUUUCCCGACUUAUUUUAGUCGCAAACUUAACUGAGGGUAACCCAAAACACUAUCGUUUUGAUGAGGUAAGUGAGGGACUGGAGGGUGCAGCCGACAAAAUACGCGCUACUCUAACCGAAUUCAUUCCUGUUACUUUAAGGAAUGCCGAGUACAAAAUUCCGUUUCUGAAACACAAUGAUAGCUUGGUUUUUAGAUCUAACAUUUCAAACUUGAUUGAGCCAGCAAGUGCUUUGGGUGACUUUAGUAUUCAUGAAGAAGUGACUAAAAUUAAUGGGGAAUUUGAGGCUAGAAAAGUCCUGAGAUUUAAGAAUACCGACAAUUGGAUACACCGUGCAGCCAAAAUUAAAGCAUUGAUACGCAAGAGCAGAAAAGGUGUUGACUUGCAUGACAAAAUCAACUAUGGAAAGUUGAAUUUUAAGGUUGACAAUGUAAAUUUGGUACCAUUAUGUGAGGCCAUGUUAAAUGGGCUGAGACCCAUUUCUAUUCUUUUGGAGAAAAAAGAAAGAAGAUGUCUUUGUUUAGGAGGUAAUGGAGCUGUGCUAACAAGUUUCUUAGCAAAUCAACUGAAAUUUGUAGUAGUUUUGGUUGAAAUUAACAUUGGGCUUUUUGAGGCUCUACAAGUUGACUUUAAUGUGAAAAACAUCUAUUGUUUUAAUCUGAACUGGAGAAACAUCAUCAAACAAGGUGUCGCCGAACCAAGCCCAUCAUCGGUUGCAGGGAAACAUCUUGCUAUUUUCCGUAAAGAGUUUAGCCUUUUUUAUGUGAUCAUGGUAGAUCUGAAUGAAGCUGAUUCUUUUUCCCUAACUGGUCAGUGUGCACCUCCGAGAGAACUAAUUCAAGUGAAUAUGCUUGAGAAGAUCAAAGUAAUGAUUGAAGAUAACGGGGUUGUUGUGUUUCAUGUUAAUCCUCCGGACUACCAGUUUUAUGCCGAUUUUCUCACAAAUUUGAUAGAUGUGUUUGGAAAGGUUAGAAAAAUUAUGCUGACUGAAAACAACCUUGUUGUCAUUGCCAUCAAAUCAAGACGAAACGUUUCUUCGAUUCCAGCUCCUUCAAAAGCUCCUGCAACAGCUCCUUCAACCGAGAGAAAAGUAUUUUUGAUUCGCUGA